UGAAGGAGAAGAAUCUCCACCCAAACACAAGGCCAUAAAUCACUCUCCCUCUUUCUCUGCCCUUAAAACCAUUCCUAACUUUCUUUAUUUUUUCUUCCCUUUCUUCAAUGGCAUCAAAGACUGUCUUCACAUCAUCAUCAUCAUCAUCAAGGUCCCAACAUUCCCACCCCAACCAGAUCACGCGCACCUGCUCCUGCUCACCCUCCACGCACCCUGGCUCCUUCCGCUGCACCAAGCACAAGAAGCCACCCCGAGCCAUGGCUCGAUCCUUGCCUCGGACCCCUAACCAUUGGGACCUUUCCAUGGCUGCAAAAGCCAACUCCUUGAAGGCUGUUCUGUUGCAAAUGCUCAGGCCCUCCAGCCACGACCUUCACAAGAGGAAGAGUUUCCAACCAAGGCCAACUAGGUUUUCCCUCAUGAACGCCGACACCGCUGCGGUUGCGGUUAGCUGAUCACAUUGCUCCCGUUUUGGUUUCCUCUGACGCAUAUGUAACAUUUUUAAUGAAGGUUUUGGUCGUCCUGUCGUCUGUGAUUCUGUAAUUUAUGUAACUGUAUAUACCACAUUCUUUAUUCUCUGUUCUCUUUGUAACGGAAGCAAUACUCUACUAGAUUUUGUGUUAUCAACUUGCACAUAAUAAUAUCAUUCUUUCUAUUUUCUUC